CGCAACAGUUUUAUGCGAAAAGCAGCGACCAUGACCGUGCAAAUUCAGUGAUGCGUGCAUUCGCUCAUAACGACGAUAUCCCGCCAAAGAAAUUAUCGAUAAUUCGAAUCGUCCCGAUGACGAAUGUGAAGAAAUUACAUUUCCGCACUUCCUGACCGUUGUACAUAAAUAACUCGACGUAUUUUGCACGCGAGAGUAAUCGAAGCGACAUUUUAUCGGGGAAAUAACCUUAAGGAUCGUCCAGGAAGGCCCAGCCUCCGACAAAUUCAUUCUCCGUAUAUUUUCGUCGGCGCGUUCCGACACACGCAUACACAUGCGCACGCACACCGCCAUCUUCGGUACUCGUGUGUCUUACGGAGAUGCUCAGUAUGAAAAUGGCUCAAAGAAUUAGUGCCGGUGCACAACUCGAUGACCUUCUCGUACCAGGAGGCAAUAUUUAUUCUCCUUCUUUCCGUCUCUCUCCGUCUCAGCUGUACAAGACGCAUACUUGUAAUAAUAUAACGCGGCAAGCAUAAAAUUGUCUAUGUCUCUCGCCUUAGCGUUGUGUGCUUUGCCGUUGCGCUCGCUAUUAUUAGGUCUCAGUCAUCGGAGAGUCGGUGCGGAGAGCCACAGUUUUGCUGGUAGCGUAGGGGGGACCUAACAGUGUAAAAUAACUCGUUGAAAGUGGCACGAACUCGGCAGGAGUAUUGUCAAUCUCACAUUUUUUUCUCGCCUCGAGUCGUUCGUUCGGAACGAUUAUUUUUCUGCGAAACUAAUAAACACGAAUAAUUAGAAAAAUAAAGAGAAAAAAAAAAAAGCACGGAGCAAUGUCGUUGAAGUUUGCGGUCGUAUUUGCUCGCGCGACGUCGUUGUGUCGUCUGUGUGUUAACUAAGUUUUAAGCUCUCUGCGGUCGCAGCGCUUUGUGUAUACCGUCGUUUCGAGCGUUCGCAUUAAGUGAAAAGAGAACAGGAGGGCGACACUUGGCUCUCCCGCGCCGCUUCCCGUAACACUUCGCGCGCCUCUUCGUUCACUCCGUACAUGACGCGUGUUUCACCAAUAUUCUCAUCUUCAUUGUUGUGAGAGACAGUAAGCAUGAUUCUCACGCGAUUCUCACUAUGAGGGAUGCCGUUUUGCAGAAACGGAGCGACAACGUAGCGGCUACAAAAACGAAACCUACCCUCGAAAUUUACCGACCGCCAGCAAUUGCAGGUGGCAGAUCCGACGGAAUCACGACCAAUCCACAGUUGAACGUUCACGCCAAAGAAUUUAUGAUGAAACACAACGAUCUCCACUCUUCAAAGUCUCACAUGAAUUCCACCGAUAGAUCGUAUUACCUUGAACACAGCAAAUCAAGCAGAAAUAUUCAUCGAUACUUGUACGCCCAGCAACAGCAGCUUCAGCAUUCGAUGCAGCAACCAAUUUCCCAUCAUUCUAUCCGAGACUCGGGAAUUCGGCAACCGCAUGCUUUAAACACUUCGGCUUCCAGCGGCAAUAUUUUGCACGGAUCCGGACGCGUGCAUUUUAGCGUGGAGCAAAACGACGUAUCGCGAUUAAACCCGAAUGGAGCGAAGCCGGGAAAGCUCACGAAAUCGUUGUCCUUCGUGUCAUCGUACGGUCUGAAGCGUUCGAAGAGCCUGACGUCGAACGACGUUCUCGCUGCGAAGGCCAAGAACAUAUCCGAAGCCGCGGAACUCGGUAGAUUCCCCGCGGUCGUACAGGACACUCUAAUUAAGGCGAUAGAUGAUCCGAAUCUUCUCAAUGCUCGAACCUUAAUGGAGCUGGUGAGGCACAUCCUGGAAAGAAUCAUCGAAAACCGUCGUUACGCCGAGUCGGCUGCCAAAAUUUGCAUAACAAUUAUAGAAAAAGAAGUCAAGGAAACGUUUCUCGAGUCCCUGCUCAACACGUGUCAGGAAUGGUACCAGGACCACAGCAGAUCGCUCCACGACGCGUCGGCGUGUCACCGUUUUGCAGCUUUUAUGACAUUCCUCAACGAAAUGUAUUGUCAGCUCAAACGUCGUCAACUGCAAUUGAAAACCCAGCACGAGGGCGUCCCUCCGGGUCGGGUCCUUUUGACACUGCUCUGGAAAUGUUGCCACGAUUGUCUCCAGCCACCGUUCGUAAAUUCGCUCCCAGAAACGGACUGUUUGUUUUUCAUACUGACCUGCAUCGGCAAGGAUUUGGACACGGAGUUGCCGAUUCAAUUGCAGCAGCUUUUGGGCAGCGUGCGGGACGCUUUUCUCGCGGAGGACACUUCGAUCCCGGCUGUUCGUAAGACCCUGCUCCAGCUGAUCGAGCUCCACGCCGCGAAUUGGCAGCUUCCGGCAGCUGCUGUCGCCUAUUAUUAUCCGGGAGCUAAAUGAGGCUCGUGCCGUACCGCCGUCUCUGAAUUCAACGAACAAAUUUAUUAACGCAUAAUACACGAAAAGAAAGAAAAAAGUGAAGAAAACGAAA